UUGGCCUGGGUGACGGAAGUCGGGAGAGUAAGAAGUGGGCUUCAUGUGGGCUUCGGCGCGAGGAGGUCGGAGGGGAAGCUGGAGAGAUUCGGGGCUGGCGGCGCUCCUCCCUGUUCCUCAGCUCUGACAAGGCCGUCAUCUGUGGCCAGAUAGCUGCGCUGGGGCCCAUAACAGCAGCGCGGGUGACCUCGAGGCCUGAGGACCUGGGCUUAUCAGUGGAGCUGUGCAGGCAUGUUCCAUCCACUCCAGUGGAGGCCUCCCUCCAGCAUUUAUUCCUGCUACACUAACUCAGUCCGCUUCUUUGGCUGCAAAGGGAAACUGGGCUUCUGUCAGAAUGAGACGUCCUUGAAGGGCAGCUUCCGGUGGCUGUUUGCUUGGCUGCAGAAAAACACAGAGAAAUGUCCAAGGCAGAAGAGCCUUCUCUCCCUGCUGGCCAAUCAGUGCAGCUAUGUAACCAGCCAAAGGGUCCAGCGUGCCCAGCAGAUUGGACAAUUGUAUGGUAACAUCUACUCUGAGAGGACACGCAAGAACCUCUUCAGGUCCUUUUGGCGCAAGUUCCAAGGCUGUCAUGGUAGUGCCGGUAAACUGAUGGCUGCCCUCACCGGUGUAUUCUUGUGGGAAGAGGAAAGAAUCAAAGAAGAAGAACUGAAAAGAUCUGCAGAAGAGAUGAAGCGCAUGGAAGAGAUAACCGGGCAGUAUCAAGGCAGUGGAAGGGAGACCCAGACGGAGGAGACAAGGCCCUACAAUGACAACACUUCUGAUCCUGAGGAGCAGAGCUGGGAAAUAGUGAUGGAGAAGAAGCACUUCAAGCUGUGGCGGCGUCCAAUUGGGGGGUCUCAUCUGUACCAGUAUCGAGUUUUCGGGACAUACAUGGAUGUGACUCCAAGGCAGUUUUUCAACGUGCAGCUGGAUACUGAGUAUCGCAAGAAAUGGGACUCGCUGGUCAUCAAGCUCGAGGUGGUUGAGAGAGAUCAGGACUCUGGAUCUGAGGUUGUUCACUGGGUAACUCACUUUCCGUAUCCAAUGUACUCACGGGAUUAUGUGUAUGUUCGACGGUACAACGUGGACCGGGAGAACAAUCUGAUGGUUCUGGUGUCACGAGCUGUUGAGCACCCCAAUGUCCCAGAGGAUCCUGAAUUUGUCCGUGUCCGAACCUACGAAUCCCAGAUGGUUAUUCACCCUCACAAAACAUUUGAUGAGAAUGGCUUUGACUACAUGCUAACGUAUAGCGACAACCCUCAGACUGUGUUCCCUUGCUACUGUGUCAGCUGGAUGGUGUCUAGUGGCAUGCCAGAUUUCCUGGACAAGCUGCAUAUGGCGGCUCUGAAAGCCAAGAACAUGGAGAUUGAAGUGCGAGACUACAUCUCCUGUAAGCCUGUGGAGGAAGGGAGCAGCAGUAGCAGCAGCAGCAGCAGCAACUGUGAGGGGAAGGCCAGUGUCCCCAACCAGGAGCACAAGGGUGAAGGGUCCUGCAGCCCUAUUCAGAUGGACUAUGCUUAAAGGAAGGUGCUCCCCCAGCCCCACGUUGGCAGCCCAAGCCUCUUGCGUACGAACAGGAUGAUGAAGGAACCGUGCCACCCUCGAGGGAAACGGCUGGGCCCACUAGACCACUCUUGGAAACGUUGUUCGGCUAGCCUUCUGCCUCCAUACUCCUUGCCCUCUCCCCUCUUCUGUGCCAUUUUGGAAGAGACCAGUAAUACCCGGGCAGUUCUGAAAAGCAGUUUUGUGUAGCUGUAUCUGUACUGACGAUCUUGUUUCCUACUGGGAACGCUCUCAUGCCUGAUAGUUUGGUGCUGCCCAGAUAAUGUUGGGGCUUCUGUAAAAUUUCCUGGCCGCUGCAGCCUUUAAUCCAUUUUUUGUACAUAUUGUGGCACACAGGGGCCAGCAGUGCCUGAGCAUGUGUGUUCAAAAAACAGACACUAAAUUCUGGGAGCCAAAAAGUUGGACCUCUUGCAUCUUGGCAGCACUUGUUAGCUGGAGUGAGCCUGUGCUUUUUACCUUGCCAUGUGUCAUGGGCCAUCUCUCUACUGCCCAAGUGCCUUCCCCCUCACCCCCCCGGCACUACUGACUGCAGCCACCCCGCUGCCUGAGGCAGACCCCAAGCCUGAUGGAGGCUGUGCAGGCCCUCCUUGUUGAGUGCUACAUGCUGCUGCUUGAAGGGUUAAGAAGUGGGGCUUUGUGUAUUUCCUCCCACAAUUACUGCCUUGGUGACAUCCAGUCAUUUCUUUGUUUAAUUUCUUGAAAGGCAGCAGUUUAAUAUUAGUCAGGUAAUUUUUAAUAUUAGGGGUCUAAUAUGAGUGGCAUUGACACAGGUGCUGCCUCGGUUGCCUGGGUGCGAUGUGUGUUUUGGACAGGCUACAAAAUGUUUCGUGACUUGGGGUUCCAAGUUGCCAUGUCAGGUCUGUACAUCCCUUGAGUGCAAAUCAGUGGCUCCCGUCUCUUCCUCUCUGUGGGCUCAGAGAGCCCCGUGGACCGCAGACGAUGAAUGGAGGAAGGCAAUCAAGUGUCCAUGAAGGGAAUUCGGAUCAGGUGUGCUUGGGUGGAGAGAGUUUCUUGGUGGCAAGAGCUUUGAGAAAUUCUGGACAGUGGAUGAACAUGUCCAGGGACUAAUUUAUAACACAUGACUCAACUGCUUGAUGAGUGUGGGGGGCAGGAGUUGUGUCCAUCUUUGCUAGAUGUAACGGGGUUUUAAAAUCAUAGGUUUGUUUUGGUUUAACUCCUCUAAUCCAAACAUACUGGGUAGCAAGGUUCUGUGAUGAUGCCCUGGAACGGGGCUGAAAGCGGAGUGUUUCCACACAAUGCAAUGUACAAAGGCCGCACACCUGCAGUGGAGGAUUACACCCUGUCUGAGGGUGUGCACCUAAAUGUUGUCCUCUGAAGUGUGUCCUCUGUAGGAAGAGACUUUGGGCCAGGUGCAAAAGAAAAAUCCUCUCUGCAGCCAAGAUUAUGCAAGGUUUGCUAUUGUGCAUAAAUAUCCUUCGAACCAUUUGUGCCAAGGAAAAAUUGGGUGUGUUUCCCCCACCUCCAUUUUUCUUGUUUUUUUUUAAGCAUGUGAUCUUUUUUUUAAAAAAAGUCCAGCAUAGGGCAGAAAAUGUAAACCAUAUGGGCUGAACUGAGCAGAUCUAACUCCAAAGUUAGAAAGCUCUUCUCAGCUUGCUCACUGACUAGACUAACUGACUAGAGUUUGGCGGGGCCUAGAGGUUGUGUGGGGUGGUCUUGUGCAUGAAGACCUCCUGGGUCUUGUUCUGUGGCCAGUGAAGGCUGUUAACAUAGGUACCAAUGGAUUUUCUUCUUGUGCUUUUACUUAAAGCUGUGGUUUUUAUGGAAACCCCAGGCACCAAUAAACACAAUCUAUUGGUACAACA